AUCAGUGUGUUAGAAGCUGCAGGGGACCUAAACACAGUCACCAUGAAGCUGGGCUGUGUCCUCAUGGCUGGGGUCUUCUACUUUUCUCCUGCUAUGCUCUGGGCAGCCCAGAUGCUACUGGCUGGAUGUCAUGCUGCAUCAUUUUCUGGUUCUUCUCGGACCAUGCCCUCCCCAGCUGCCGGUUUUGAGGCGCUCCAGUGCGAAGGACCUGUCAGCACCCAGGAGGGCAGCUGCCACACUGAGGAUGACUUGACGGACCCAAGGGAAGUCGACUUCCAGGUCAAGGGCUACACUUUCAGUGAACCCUUCCAUCUGAUUGUGUCCUACGACUGGCUGAUCCUCCAAAGUCCAACCUGGCCUAUAUUUGAGGGAGACCCUCUGGUUCUGCGCUGCCAGGCCUGGCAAGACUGGCCACUGACCCAGGUCACCUUUUACCAAGAUGGCUCAGCCCUGGGUCCCCCUGGACCUAACAAGGAAUUCUCCAUCGCCGUGGCGCGAAAGGCAGACAGCGGGCACUACCACUGCAGUGCUAUCUUCAGGAGCCCUGGUCCUGGGAGCCCAGAAACGGCAUCUCCCGUGGCUAUCACAGUUCAAGAACUGUUUCGAGCCCCGGUUCUCAGAGCCACACCUUCAGCUGAGCCCCAAGAGGGAAGCCCGGUAACCCUGAGCUGUCAGACAAAGCUGCCCCUGCAGAGGUCAGCUGCCCACCUCCUCUUCUCCUUCUACAAGGACAGCAGGACAGUGCGUAGCAGGGGCCCUUCCUCAGAAUUCCAGAUCCCUACUGCUUCAGAGGCACACUCUGGGUCCUACUGGUGUGAAGCAGCCACUGAGGACAACCAAGUUUGGAAACAGAGCCCCAAGCUGGAGAUCAGGGUGCAGGGUCCCUCCAGCUCUGCUGCACCCCCCACCUUGAAUCCAGCUCCUCAGAAAUCAGCUGCUCCAGAAACUACUUCUACGGAGCCCCCUGGGCCUCUGCCUCCACUGCCCACCCCUUCUUCUAAGGAUCUGGGCUCCUCUUCUCCUCUGCACUUCCCAGAUCCCCAUCUGCAUCACCAGAUGCGUGUUCUCCUCAAACAAAUACAGGAUAUGAGGGUCAUCCUUGGUCACCUGGUCAUGGAGCUGAGGGACUUGUCCAGCCACCUGAAGCUUCAGGCCACAAAGGAUCCUGCCAAAUAUUAGUAAAUAAUUCACCUGCCGUGUUGCUCAACUACCCCCAAUAAAUCCAACUCUUUCUAGUUGUCCUCUUUCUGUUCCAUACUUAAGCAUAAGUAGUUUUACAAGCUGCCCAGUGUUUCGCUAGAGUUAACAGGGAUAGGUGAGUAUAAAUAAACGUGUACAAAGUGGUAAUUAGAGUUUAGCUAUAAUUGUAUAUUCUCCCUGAACAUGACAACAUAUUCCUGCUCUAUCUAGACCAGGAGUUGCCUUCUGUUGCCCAGACCAGAAUCUGGUGAUUGAAAGAGAAGCAAUGAGAUGAUAGAUUUAAUGCAGCAAUCUCAACCAAGGGCAAUCCCUCCCCACCCUAGGGGACAUUUGGCAAUGUCUGGAGAAAUUUUUGAUUGUUACAUUGCAGGGAGCGUGUGCUCCUGGUGUCUAGUGAGUAGAAGCUGGGGAUGCUGCUAAACAUCCUAUAAUACACAGAACAGCCUUCCACAACAAAGGAUUAUCUGGUCCAAAAUGUCAAUAGUGCUGAGGUUGGGAAACCCCAGCCUAAUGGAGGUGUUGGACUCUGGGGUGGACCUUUGCUUCUUCUACUUAUUCUCUCCUCCUAGCCUUAUUCAGCAAAUAUUAAUUACGUGCUGGUAUUUUGUUGGCCUCUGCUACAUGCCCAAGUUGAUGCUAUGUUAAGUAUACCCAUAAGACAGUGUCUCUGUCUAUAGAAAGUUUACAAUUUGGGAUGGAGGGGCAGUAAUACUCCUACCCAUUAAACAAUUAAAGCAGGGUAUAGAAAAAUUUCCCAUAGGAUCCUAGUGGACUCAGAAACAUGUGAUCGAGUAGAACAAUGCCAGAGCAGCAAUUAUUUGUUUUAAUCCAUCUCUGAAAUAGUUUUCUUUAAAAAUAUACAUAAAUCUAUUUUGGUACCAUAGUAAUACUUUAUUUUCUAUGCUUGGACUGCUAUUGUAUAUUCUCAGCCAAUGAGAGCGAGCCUGCCAGAUUCUACAGGAAGUUUUGGUCAGUGAAUUAGCACACCAUUUCAUGACCUCAGCCAAAGAGCGUUCUACCACGUUUCUCCUAAAUCAUGUGGUAUGAGGUUAUCCAGUGUACUUUUUCUUUGUGCCAUUUAUUCUGUGUAUAGUUUGGACCCACAGUUAUUUACAAAAUAUGUACCUGUGAUCGGUCCAGACAUGCCACAAAGAAAUAAAGGAACAGAAUCAUGCUGGAUGUUAAAACUUGAGUUUUAUGGUGGUUCCUCUAAAUGCUCCCUCUAAAAUGCCAGUUUUAUGGUGGCUCCUAACACCUUCAAGUGGAAAGAUGAGAAAGAAACUGGAAAUUGGUAAAAGUCCACAAAUAUCACUGCAGCGUGAGAGGAUCGAUUAACAACUGUAUGAAUGGGAGUUGCAAGAAAUGAUGACCAGAGAUACGUCAUUUGGUGGGUGACCAAAGUGGAAGCUUAACUGCCAGUGGACUAUGUUGGAUCUCCAAAGAUACUAUGUUAUAACCAUUCUACAUGGAAUUGAUUUCAGCUAAUGGUACCAUGUUCAUGAAUGCAUCCUGCAAGCUCAUGCUAAAUAAGGAAGUCAUGUCCAGACAAUAAAAGCUAACCUAGAUCAAGAAAGGAAGAAGUGGGUGCAGCUGACUAAGUGUCUCACUUCUGUACUCGUCAUCCAUGUGUCUGUGUGGACCUCUAUCGUCACACUGCAUUUUAAUUUUUUACUAUCUUAUUUCUGUUCACUAGAGGGUGAACACUUUGAGAGCUCCUUGAGCUCUCUGAUCUACAUUGACUCAUUGGUGUCUAGUUUAAUGAGGCAUAUUUAAACUCUUGUAAAUUUUGUUUCAUUGAAUUGAAUUGGGUCAGCAUAAUAAGGGAAGGCAUCCUGAAGAAGAUGGGAAUUAAGCUGAACCUUAAAGGACGAGUGGUAUGUCUGGCAUCAGCAAAAUCUCCAGAUUCUCCCCAGGGGGCCCAGAUUUGGCCAGGAGCUUGGAAGCCUCAGGGAGAGAAUCUGUUAUCAUCAGGGAUGAGGAAGGCAAGAACAUAACUGAAAGAAUGAAGAGAGAGAGACAGAGAGGCAGAGAGAGAGAGCUUUUAUCUGUCUCUACCUGUCCUGGGGAAGUUGGAGAGGGGGUGGGAAAGAGGAAUUGUUAUACUAGAUUGGGUUUAUGACCUGUGCAGUUUAGGAUUCUGUAACCCACAGAGGUCCUAAUGCAGCUACACUGGAUGUUAUCUCUGAAAUAAACAUUAGAUACAAAGCACAUCUAUUAUCUUGUAAAGGCGAAUACUUGCAUACCCUAUAACCCAGAAUUCCAUGCCCGGAUAUAUAUGCCGAGUACAUGUACACCAGAAGACAAAUACAAUAAUGUUCAUAAUAGCACUAUUUGUAAAAUCAAAACUUUGGAGUCAAUUCAGUUGUCCAAUGAAAAAAUGGAUAAGUUGUGCUAGCUUCACAGAACAGAAUACUAUACCACAGUAGAAUAAAUGAACCCUAGCUACAAUGCAGCAACAUAAAAGAAUAUCAGGAAUAUUAACAUUCAGUGAAAAAAGCAAGUCCCAGAAGAUACCAUAUGGUGUGAUGCCCUUUAUACAAAGGAAUAUAUUGCUUAACCAUUCACUCAUACCUACGAUAAACCUUUUUAAAAAGGCACAAAAAUGGAAACACCAAGGUCAGGAUAGUAGUUACCUCUGAGGGGCUAAUGGGAGAAACCAUCGGGGAGGAGCACACAGGUAGAUAUAAUUAUUACUUUUUUUAAUUUUAAAAAUGUAUUUUAUUUAUUUAUUUUUGGCUGCAUUGGGUUUUCGUUGCUGCG